GCCGUUAGAUCAGACAUGGACCCCACGUGGGUCCCGCUUCGCGAGUAUUAUAGUAUAGGGAAUCAUCCGUGCUCUCCAGAUUGUAAGUACUCGACUACUUUACUACUCCAAGGCUCCGUUUCCAAUUCAUCCGUGACGCGAAGAAUGGACCAAAACGGUGCCGUGAGCUUCCGCCAUCGCCGGUCUCCAUCUUCCGAUAGAUUUCUCGGCGUGUUCUCUCCGCCUUCUAAGGACUCCGCUUUCACUUCCUCUUCACCCGUCGCAGGCGGUGGAGGCGACGAGCUUAACGAAGACGAUGUAUUUUGGACCGGCGACUUCUCCGAGCCCCAGCGCGGUCUCUCAUCUGCUCCAACUUAUCACACACGACAGUCCUUUAGGCAGCCGGAGAAGUUCGGCAUCCUUGCGGCAUUGACGGAGGAUCACCGGAAACCGGACUCUCAAGCCAUCCUUCUGAAACCCUCACUGCCUUCGUCACCAUCUUCGUCAACCACGUCGCUCUCACGCGCCAUCCCUUCAAUUCCUAAACCCCCGAUUGAAUGCAAGUACUCGCAGUCCAUGCCUUCUCGACGGUUCCAGCAAUCGGCACCGGUGAAUGUCCCGAUGAUGCCAAUGAAGCCAAAGAACGGAGAGCUUUCCGACGCGGUCGAUGAUGACGUGGACGACGACGAGAUAUUGCCACCGCACGAGAUCGUUGCCCGUGGAUCGUCAAAAUCUCCAAAAACUACCUUCUCGGUGCUCGAAGGCGUGGGAAGAACGCUCAAGGGGAGAGAUCUAAGGCAGGUCCGCAAUGCCGUCUGGCGUCAAACAGGUUUUCUCGACUAGUAAAUGUAGCGAUUAUUUAUUUUAAUUUUCUAUAUUUUUUGCUUUUGGUUUUUUGGGCUUUUAGACUGAAUAAAAUUAUUUUUGCAAACUUUCAGUUCUAAAACCUACUGUUAGUAUUAAGUAUUUACAUUUACCAUGGGGUAUGGCUUCUGCUUUCUCCCUUGAUUUUUUUGCUGCUUUGAAGUUGGAAUGAUAUGAACUCUACAAUUAAUUACGUUGUUAAUAGGAUUGUGUUGGAAAAUAUUUUGUACCAGCUCACCACAUGAGUGG